UCCUCACAAUCUCCUUCUCACACACUCCUCAAAUACUCCUCUUCACACACUCCUCCUCACACACUCCCCUCAGGCUGCAGGAUCUCCUCGUCACCAUGGGUAAAAUCAACGGCUGUCUGAAGUGCGUCUUCGUCCUGCUCAACGCCGCGUUCGGGAUCCAUGGAGUUUUGAUGAUUAUUGGACUUGUGAAGGCCCACCCGCAGCUGUCAAGCCAGAUGGGCCCCGGAUCCUGGGCUGGGCUGUGGGUAUUCUCCGUUGGGAUGCUGCUGGUUUCCAUCCUCGGGCUGACGGCCGAAAGGACCGAGAAGACAGCACUGCUCAAAGGGUUUGCAGGUCUGAUGGGGGCCAUAAUGAUCAUCAUGAUGAUCUUAGGGAUCGUCAUGGCUUCCUACAGAAACCAGUUAAAGAACAUCACCCCUGACUCUAUGGGACCGAUGAUGGCUGAUGACAAGGUACAAGAAGUUCUCGUCAACGUCCAAGGGCAGUUCCAGUGCUGUGGCCUUAUGAGCAAUGAGGACUGGGGGAACAGGAUCCCUUUAUCCUGUGAGUGUUUAGAAGACAACGUGUGCACAGACCGCCCAGGGCACUUGGAAGGUCCAGCUAAAAUCUACUCCAGGCCGUGCUUCCCCAUCGUGUCCGACCUGCUGGUUCCUGCCUUGACGGUCUCCAUGGGUGUCUUCUUUGGCUUCGCUGUCACCGCUCACUUCUGCCUGGGCGCGAGCCUCCUGAUGAUUGGUCAGGUGAGGCAUCACGACGGCGGGCGCGGAUGACAGGCCAUCGCCCUGACGACUCAUGGGUACAAGCUGAGCCAUGGCUUCUGACCUCUGACCUCACUCCUCAUUUCUGCUUCUAAAUUAGUCGUGGCCUAUGAAGUCAAUAGUGACAUCACCAGGAGACUGAGAGUGUUUCACUGGUGUUCCCAUUAAAGAAAACAAAAAAAAUUGUUCCUCAAUGUUAAGUGUUCCAUGUGUUCAUUCUCCUGUUACAAUGUACCUUGUUUCAGUGACUCCUCCCCUCCAUUCCUGUAAGAGGACAGGUGGACUCCUCCCUUCUAUGCAUAUGUAAUUAGCUGUUGACUCCUCCCCUCCAUUCCUGUAAGAGGACAGGUUGACUCCUCCCCUCUAUGCAUAUAUAAUUAGCUUUUUACUCCUCCCCUCUAUGCAUGCAUAAGUAGCUGUUGACUCCUCCCCCCUAUGCAUAUGUAAUUAGCUGACGAAGGUCCUUACUACUGGGAGGUUUCUGACUCGUGAAGCUCCAGACCGACGCUCCUCUGACCUCAGACAGCAGACCUCCCACGUCAGACCAAGGCCCUGUGUCGCUGCCUCAUGGUUCUAACAUGGAGCACUUCAGGCAGGGGCUCCUUUGAAGGACUGUUUGGCCUCGCAUGAUUCUUCACGGGCCCUGAGCCUGCUGAGGGGUAGGAGGAAGUUGUGUCUCAGUAGGCCACUCCCCUUCUGAUUAGGCUACUCCCAUUCUCAGCCGGCCACUCCCCUUCUCAGCCGGCCAAUCCCCUCCUCAGUAGGCCACUCCCCUUCUCAGCCGGCCACUCCCCUCCUCAGUAGACCACUCCCCUCCUCAGUAGGCCACUCAAUAGUGUUAAGGUAGUACUAGUAUAGAAGUAGUAUUAAGAUAGUAAAGUCGGUCUAGUGUAGCAGCAGUAUAAAUGUAGUAUAGUAUUAUUAUGGCAGUAGUAUUAAGAAGGCAGUAUAUUAGUUCUAGUAUAGCAGUAGUAUUAAGGUAGUAUACUACUAGUAUAGCAGUAUUAAGGUAGUACACUACUAGUAUAGCAGUAGCAUUAAGGUAGUAUACUACUAGUAUAGCAGUAUUAAGGUAGUAUACUACUAGUAUAGCAGUAGUAUUAAGGUAGUACACUGUAUAGCAGUAGCAUUAAGGUAGUAUACUCUUAGUAUAGCAGUAGUAUUAAGGUGGUAUAGUUGUUCUUGUACAGCAGCAGUAGUAGUUAAGUAAUAAAACAGAGAAGCUAGGCACGGUGCUGAGUGUUUGAUUCCCCAGAGGGCGAGACACCGUAUCGAUACUAAAACUCAAUUACUAGGUCAAUAAUGGCCUCUUUCUUUCCAAUUCAAAUGCAUCUUCCACUCUUUCAACACAGACGGGUUUCAUAGAGAGGUCUUCUUCAGAAUUUAUUUUGGUUUCUCAGAGAAGUGUGUGUGUGUGUGUGUGUGUGUGUGUGUGUGUGUGUGUGUGUGUGUGUGUGUGUGUGUGUGUGUGUGUGUGUGGGGGUGUGGGUGUGUGUGUGUGUGUGUGUGUGUGUGUGUGUGUGUGUGUGUGUGUGUGUGUGUGUGUGUGUGUGUGGGUGUGGGGGUGUGGGUGUGUGUGUGUGUGUGUGUGUGUGUGUGUGUGUGUGUGUGUGUGUGUGUGUGUGUGUGUGUGUGUGUGUGUGUGUGGGUAUGGGUGUGGGUGUGUGUAUGGGGGAGGACCUCCUUCUAUAAAAUCUCCUCCUGGGGAUCAGACAUCUCUUCUCUUCAUCCACUGCAAGGUAAUGAAGCUCUCUGCUAUACAUACUUGUCUGUGCGUGUGUGUGUGUGUGUGUGUGUGUGUGUGUGUGUGUGUGUGUGUGUGUGUGUGUGUGUGUGUGUGUGUGUGUGUGUGUGUGUGUGUGUGUGUGUGUGUGUGAGAGAGUGUGUGUGUGUGUGUGUGUGUGUGUGUGUGUGUGUGUGUGUGUG